CCAGUCAAACGCCAUAGCCCAGCACUGUAACAAAGUAGUUUGUCUCGCGACGGUCAUUGUGCAACCAGUGGAAUAGAAGGAGAACUCGGAGUGUUUGCGGUUACCAGCCUAAACAGUCCCGAGGAGACGAUUUUGGAUGGUGUUUUGUGAGCGUUCAAAGGGAAUGAGAGUAAACGAGGGAAGCACGCUUUGAGCACUGAAGCGUUCGAGUGGCCAGUGCCAUGAAACUGAAUCCACAGCAAGCCCCGUUAUAUGGCGAGUGUCUGUUGACUGUCCAGCUCUGUGAGGAAGAGUGUGUCGAGGAUGAGGAGGAUGUAGAGUUUUACCUACUCUUCGCCGGCUCCACCCAGAGGCACAUUUCCAGCACUUUGAAAGUCAGCCAUGUCACGCUGCAAGCCGUGUGCCCAGCUCAUGAUCAGAGUGAAACAGUGCGGGUCACGCUGUGCCAGGCCCGGCCGGGGGGCUCAGUGGACCCUGUUGCCGAGGAACGCUUCCAGUUCGUGCAGGACCUUGCCCUGGACAUGGCCCAGUUCCUAGUGAACACGGUUGGGAAGAAAGAGGGAGCGUUACUUCUGGACGAGUGUCAGAUCCCCCUGAAGGAGUGUGAGAGGUUGGAUGAUGCCCUGGCUCUUGCUCUUAGACAUCUGCCUCUGCCGGCGGGCUGGAGCGUCCUGGGCACAGACUGGGACACGGGCACUUACACAGGCUUGAGAAUUGCUGAACCUGGACCACAAGACACACUUUUGCACUUUGCGGCAAAGCGCGGGCUACGCAAGGUAGCACUGUUUCUCCUCCAACCUGGAGGAAGAGAGGCCCUCCGACUUCCCAACAAACAGGGUCGUACGCCAGCCAGGGUCGCCCAAAAGAAAGGCCACACGCAGCUCCAGAAACUGCUGACGGAGGUUGACAAGCUGCCCGAGUUGGAGACGAAAACAUCCAAGUGGCAUUACCCAGAAGGCAGAGUUCUGCGACACCACCCCAAGCUAAACACUUACACCCUGACGCUAGAGGAUGUGCCAGGGAGUCCUCCACCGAGCCUUCAGUGUGAUGUGGAGGAGCUCCAAUCCCUCAUUCAGUCACAUCAGAAGGAAGAUCCUCCGCCGCAGCAUAAGCCAGCGCUGCUGAUUCUUAACCGAAACUUCAGCGAUAGAUCAGAGCCUGUUGACUUCCUACCGACCAAUUUACUGGAGCCUGAGCAUCAGGAACCCAACUCUGAACAGGAAGAAACCUGCAAAUCGAACAGCUCUGCCGUUGAGGAUGGACUGUGUAUUCGUCAAAACGGCACAGAUCAUCAUGUCCAAUCGCAGGACUGGGAGGUUGCGCUUGACCCGCCAGCUGUAGAGGAUACUGGGAAGGCGUCAGAUAAGGUUGACUGUUCGCAGCAGCGGAUAGAAGGCGAUUCUGUGACUUUCAGUGCCCCUUCCUGUGGAAACCAGCAGGAGGAAGUUGAUAUAGAACUCUGUGUAAUCAGUGCCAAACAGGGGGCUGCUUCACAGCCUGAUAAAGGCAACCAAGAAGAGCAGGAGGCUUGCCAGAGGAGUUUACAGACUGAAAAAGACAAUAACGCUCAAUCUGGCAACAUUGAGUACCAAGACAUGGGCCACGCACAAUCUCAGGGUCUCCUCCCCACGGAAACUAGUCAGCCUUCACAAAGAGAGGAGGAGAGCAAGGGGAGUGCUGAUCUUAGUUGGCGAAGGGACUUACCAGAGGAAAGGGAAGGGGAGAAGAGUAGCAACUCUAAAGCACUUUCUUCCCAUGAUUCAGAGGAAAACGGUCAGCACGACGAAAAGUUUGAGUCCAAGCUGCCUAUGGACUGCUCGUUGGGAAUAGAUGAUGCUAAAUUGACUUUAAUUCAGGUAAAUUCUGCGGUAACAUCAUCCGUACGAAAUAAUGAAACUCUUAUAUCUGACAGUGUUGACAAGCCACAUGGUAGCCUAGAGACAGAGACAGGAAAUCUUAGCGAGCGCACAAAAGGCAACACUGAGUCAGCUUCUGGUUUGGUUACAGAUGACGUUAGCAUAAAGCAGAACUCUGGAUUUAGCAUUUCAGAAGGUGAUCCUUUGGAAUUGUUAAGUCUCCAGCCAAACAUGGCACCAGGACCGGAGGAUAAGGUUCGACAAGGCCUCUCACCCGUUCCUGAGACUUCUCCUCCUGAAGGUCCAGCUGUGGAGCCCUUGUCUGAGACUACAGAAGGUUUUCAACAGCCAAACCAAGUCACACAACCUUCAGAAACUGCAUUAGAAUGUCAGGAGAUUUUGAAUGACUCAGACUGUGACAUCAGUGCAAUAGCAGGGCUUUCUGUUGAGAUCACUGCGGAGGACUCAUGUUGCCAGAUUGCCGGGUCUCUGCCUGAUGGAAGCAAGGAGGAGGUAGCUCCUAAUGAUAUGAUAAACCACCCUAAGGAGAUCUUUGAAGAGCAGGAGUCAAUUGAUGACAUCAUUGUCUCCAAGUUGGAUGACAAAUCAAAAUCUUCUGAUGAAUCUUCUCUGCCUGUUGACUCUGAAGCCUUUAUCGUAAGUGAUUUACAACAGGAUGCUUCUACGAUACUGUCUUCUGAACACUGUGGAGUUGAUAUAAGCAUAGGAACUUCUUUCGGAGGAGAAGAGGCAUCUGAAACAUUUGUUCAGUCAGACUCUACAUCCAGACAGGCUGAGCAGAUUCCUGAGGAAGAUUCUGGAGAUACCACAAAUGAAAAUCUAAUUUGUGAGCCAGGGGAACAAUCGGUUCUAGUGUCCACUUUGCAAGGUGAACCGGGAUUUAAGGAUGUUGCUCCAGAUGACUCUCUACAGGAAAGGGAAAUUGACUCCACUUCGCGGGACACAAUCAACAAGCUCCUUGAUCUGCCGGAAAUCACUAACAAUGAUUGUCCUGAAUCCAAUGCACAGUUCCAGCUCCCAGAAUCCUCCAAAGAGAGUGCCAACACACCAUCAGAACCUACUGCUGAAUGUGCGAAUGUCCUUGACCCGUCUUGUGCCUCACCUCUAACAGAAAGCCAAGGCAGCAGACCUCCUGAGAUCCCCUUCACUGAUGGAGUUCAGAUCUCUGCUGUAAUUCCUGAUGGGGAUGAAUGUGUUGAGAUGGCUCCCGAUAUGUGCGAGACGACUGUCGCGGGGGACAGCACAUGCUCUCCCAUGGACACCAGCAGUGGUUCAGCUCUGAAGAGCUCCUCCAUGUCUGACCCACUCAGUGCCUCAUCCUCAACAGCUGAGCUCACUUCCCCUUUGGAUAUUAAUAGUGGAUCACACCAGGGUUUGGAACACACUUCCCCAGUGGAUAUAGACAAUGGUUUGUCUUCAGAAACACCUGAGAGCCUGAAUGGAUUACAUCAAGAUCCUCCUGACUGUUCGAUGGAUCACAGUGAAACUCUUCAGCAGUGUGCAGAGGAACCACAUGUCGACCAAAUGACGGAUGACAGCGCUUUAGCAGAGGAUGAGGUGGACGGACACCAAGACUCCUCGGGAGACAUAGCGAAUUCCGAAGUGAUCCAUAGAGCCACAGAGACGUUUUAUUCAGUUGAUGCCAGUCAAGAUGCUGGACUCCAGGAGAAGAAAUCCAUUUCAGUGAUUUCAGAAUUCUCACCUUCAGCCCCUUUACCCGAGACCACACAUCAGAAAGAGUCAGCGAGCACCAUGCCAGGGUCCGCCAGCGAUGACGACUCUUUGUUUAGCCAGGAUUUGAGCCAGGACAGUAUUUUUAAUAAUAAGGCUGAGGACAGCGUCACAGUUACCAGCGGUGUGUCUAUGUCCUACUCGUCCUCCACAGACGACACCUCCAGCCUCAGGACCCCUAGCGCCAUCUCUCAACCCAGCACAGAAGCUCCUACAUCAGACCCCUGUCAGGAAAAGCCCAAGUCUCCUGGAGCUUCAUCUGUUUCAGGAGAAAUGGAGGAGGAAGAGAAAAAGGACCACUUGACAGAGGUCCCGGAGCGGUCGGCCGUUAUACGUACCUCCGUACGAUCCCUGUCCCCUUUACGCAGGCACAGUUGGGGCCCAGGCAAAAAUUCAGCGGAGGAGACGGAGAUUAGUCAACGCAGUAGGGCACGUGGGGAAGUGGGACACAGGUCUGCGGGCCAUAGGAGAAGCAUGAGCUGGUGUCCUUCGGUUGUCCUGCACUCAGAAAAUGACGAAAUAAAUGAAAGAAGUUACAGCCUGGAAGGACUUGCAGCAGAGAAGGAAGGAAGGAAAAGCCUUAACCAGUGCAUAGGGGAGGCCAGCCAAGAACCAAACAGUCCGUCAAAGCUGGACAGAGAAGAAAGAGACUCACUUGUGUCCCUGACCGAAGAGGAACAGGAAUCAAACCUGGGAGACUUCUGCAGUUUGGACAGUCAGAGGUCCAUCCACUCUGGACGGAGAAGUGUCCCACAUUCACAAACCUUUCUCACCAAGUCUGUCUCCAUGUUGGCCAUCAGUCACAAAGACCUAGAUGCGAUCAGACGGCCACGACCCAAGCGACGAAUCUCCUUCUCCUUCAGCAUCUUGCCCAUGCUCCCCAAAUCUAAAACUCUCUUUUCUAUUGGCUCUUCAUCCAGUGAUGAGGAGGAAGCAGUCAGACUGUGCUCAUUCACAGGCACAUCAGGAUCUUUAGAGAACUGUAUAUCAGAGGAGGACCCGGGGCCAUUGCGGAGUGACAGUGAAGGCAAAGUUGGAGGAACGAAAGUGAGCAGGACAUUCAGUUACCUGAAGAACAAAAUGAGCAAGAAGAACAAGGAGAAGGACAAAGACAAGAAUAAGGAGCGCGAGCGAGAUGCCAAAGACAAGGAGAAGAGAACCUCAAAUGGGCAUCUCUUCACUGCGAUCAUGACAAUACCCACGAUCCCCUGCCACCAGUGCAACAAAUCCAUCAACACUAGAGAUGCUUUCCUCUGCACCAAUUGCAAUGCACAAGUCCACAAAGGCUGCAGAGAGAGUCUUCCUGUUUGUGCCAAGGUCAAAAUGAAGCAGCAAAAACAGCAGCAGACUGUUCCAGAUUCUGCCUCGAUGCCUGGUGUCACGCUUAGAAGUAAAACUCUCCCAGCACGGGAUCGUCCGUGGUCCACCUUCUCUGUUGCCGAAGAUCAACGCGCUCCUCUCGCCCCUCCCCGGAAAAGCCCCAGCAGUAUGAUGUCUUUCAACAGCAACCCGCUGUCCAAGAGCAUGUCCAUUAAUAACAUCGCAGGACAAAUAGAAGAACAUCCUCUAAAGAAGUUUCUGUCCCAGUCGACCGACUCUCUUCACAAGACCAGUAAAGUCAGCGAGUCCACAGAAUCUCUUACGGAUGAAGGUACAGAGAUGAUGGAUAGUCAUCUGAUGGGAGAAUUUGAAGCUGAUGCCAAAGAGCUGGAAGCAGAUUCUUGGAGCUUUACGGUGGACAAGAAACUCAUGAAACAGCUUAAAAAGGAUGUUAUUAAGAGGCAAGAUGUCAUUUACGAACUCAUCCAGACCGAAAUGCACCAUGUGAGGACCUUGAAGAUCAUGGCUGAUGUUUACAGUAAAGGACUACUGAGAGAGGUUCAACUGGAGGUCCACACUGUGGAGAAGAUGUUCCCCAUGUUAGAUGACGUUCUGGACUUGCACACACAGUUCUUCUCACAGCUGCUCGAAAGGAAGAAAGAGUCAGGGAGCCAGGAAGAAGGUGGCUUUGUCAUCCGAAAGAUUGGGGACGUGCUCAUCUCUCAGUUCUCAGGAUCCAGUGGCGAGAGAAUGAAGAAGGUCUAUGGGAAGUUCUGCAGCAGACACAAUGAAGCUGUGAACUUCUACAAGGAGUUUCUAACCAAAGACAAACGGUUUCAAGCUUUCAUCAAGAAAAAGAUGAGCAGCUCUGUUGUCCGACGGCUAGGCAUUCCUGAGUGUAUAUUGUUAGUCACACAACGGAUAACAAAGUAUCCCGUCUUACUACAGAGAAUACUGCAGCACACGAAAGAAAAUGAGGAAGACCAUGCAGAUGUAACCCAAGGUCUGAAGUUGGUGAAGGAGGUGAUUGCCGCCGUGGACAAUAAAGUAAACGAGCAUGAGAAGAAAAAGAGGCUAAGGGAAGUGUACAGCCGGACAGACAGCAAAUCCAUCAUGAGGAUGAAAAGCGGGCAGAUGUUUGCCAGAGAGGAUCUGUUACGUGGGCGGAAGUUAAUUCACGAUGGACCACUACAGCUCAAGAACACAGCAGGCAGACUCAAGGAUGUCCAGGCUCUGCUGCUGAGGGAUGUGAUUGUGUUCCUACAGGAGAAAGAUCAGAAGUACAUAUUCGCAUCCUUGGACCAGCGCUCCACUGUCAUCUCUCUGCAGAAACUCAUUGUGAGGGAAGUAGCCAAUGAGGAGAAAGGACUGUUCCUGAUCACGGCCGGCAUUGAGAAGCCUGAGAUGGUAGAAGUGUACGCCAGCUCUAAGGAGGAGAGGAACACAUGGAUGCAGCUCAUUCAGGAGGCCAUGCGGUCAAUACUUUCGAUUUCCUCCAGGGAGCGAGAUGAUGAUGAAGGUGUGCCUAGUGAAAACGAAGAGGACCGAAGACUUCAAGAAAUCAAAGUCAAGGAGUUGAGAGAUCAACUGCACAAGAGGGAUGAGCAGAUCUUGACUUUACUGGAGGAGAAAGUGAAGUUGUUCAGGGACAUGUGUGACUGUGGCGUACCAGACGAGACCAGCCUUCGCAGCAGAAUGCUCUUCAGGGCCACGCCCGAUGACAUCACCAAAGGGCAGCCAAUCAUGAAAGAGGCUCUAAAGGAAGUUGAGACAUUACAGGUUCUGGUAAACGACAGUCUAGGAGGAGCAGUGCAGGAUGGCGUAUGUGCGGCGGGGCCCGUGACUUUGCCACGACGGGCGGAAACCUUCGGAGGCUUUGAUAGUCACCAGAUGAACAUCUCAAAGAGUAAAGAUGGAGACAGAGAGGAGACGGAAGACUCCGCAGAGCUCCGCAGGACUGAGUCAGACAGCGUUCUGAAGAAGGCAAGCAACACAAACCCCCUGCUCCUACUCAAGAGGAACAACGAGCAGGUUCUUCAGAGCGUCUCUCAGCUCCAUGACCUGCUGAACACAUUACAGGCUGUUGUUAUCCAGCAAGACACCUUCAUCGAGGACCAGCGGCACGUCCUCAACGAACGCCCCCAGCCCUCUUUACGCUACCCUUCCAUCUCGUCCCUCAACUCCUCCUCUUCCUCCUCCUCUUCACGGCCCAGCUCGCUAAUCGAGCAGGAGAAACAGCGGAGCCUGGAGAAGCAGCGGCAAGAAGUCGCCAGCCUCCAAAAACAGCAGGCUGCCCACGCCGAGGAGAGGAGGCGCAGGGAAAGAGAGUGGGAAGCGCGGGAGCGGGACCUGGCCCAGAGGGAGUCGCAGCUGCAGACCCAAGAGGAAGAGGUGCAGAGAAGAUGGAAAGAGCUGGAAGAGGAGAAGCAAGACCUGCAGAAAAAAGAAGAGUAUCAGAGAGACCUGGCGCGGCUCAGGGACUGCCAGAAGAGACUGGAGAGAGAACGAGAGCAGGUUCAGAGAGAGACCGAGCUGAUGGGACAAACAGAGGUGAGGGUCAAGAACCGGACCCCUUCCACAACGUCUGAGGACUCCUCAAAGUUCCAGAGCACGGGGUCAUUGGACCGCGAGCCCUCAGAGGUGGAGCUCUCCUCGUCUCCAUCUACCAGAGACUUCCUGUCCCGCAUGGACUCCAAACGCAAAGGGAAGAACCUCAAUCCAUUCUCCUCCAAUUCAAGCCAGAAGGGCCAGAACAGCGAGGCGCAGAGCCAGAUCCCCAGCCGCCUGCUACAGCUGGCCAAACCCAAGGAGAAGAAGGACAAGAAGAAGAAGAAGGGGAAAGGGCAGCAGAGCCAGACUGCAGAUGCUCAGAGCGCUGUGGUUCCAAGCUCUAACCCGGACGGAGAGAUCUUUUUCUGCUGAUUCUGACCCCUCUUUAUCAGCCUCUAUCCCACAAUGCCUCCAAGCAGGGCUGCUGGGCUCUGGUUGUGGACUCACUCAUAAACCAGAGUUAGAAGCACACACCUGUGGUCUCGAAGGGUGUCAGGACAGAUAAACUGAUUGUUUCCUGUGACCUGAUUUUCAGCGGCCAGCAUUCUGCAUGGUCACAAGCAGGGGCCUGGAGCACGAGCCUGGGGAACAGUAAAUGUCCGAUAAACCCACUGUGGGCACUUCACACACAGACUUCCUGUGAAGAUCAAAAGAGAUUUAUAACAGCGAGUGGCAUCAUGCUGAGAGACAGCUGGCUUUCCAGUGACCUCAAAAGUCACUUUCUGAAGGACAUUUGACUAAUGAAGAUACUAGUGAGUGAACUCAAAGUGCAGUUGGCAAUGCAGUGAUUACGUUUCUAUAUAUUUCCAUCCUUUUUCUUUCAUCCCUGUCAUGUUACAAUGUGCCUCAACAAUAUAUUAGUCUUCUGGACCAGACUUGGUUUCUAUACAGUCCCAAAGUUGUAUUUCUUUUAAAAAGGUCACAAAAUACUUUUUAUGAAUAGAAGGGGAUGCUUUUUUAAAAACAUUUUAGUGAGCAGCACAGAAAUGGAAGUGCAAAAGAGUGUAAUUAAUUGUUUAAGAACUUUUCCAUCCCUUAAUGACUGAAAGAUAGAAUGAAAAUUCAUAAUUCACUUUGUUGUGAUUCUGAAGGCUUCACAAACCCCAUAGAAGUUUUUUUCUUCUUCUAAACCUCAAUGCAAUUUUAAUCCUUAGCACUUUAUAUGCACACGUAGAGUGGGGGAAAGAUGGCUGGCUUUAAAACGAGACAAUCGAUCAGCUCCACUUAACUGGUAAACGGCCUUUCUUGUACGUGCAAGGUUUUAUUUGAUCAUCUUUUACUGUACCAUAUGAAUGUUGUGUAAAAUUGUUCAACCAAACACAAGCUUUCACGUUAAGCUACCAAAAGAGCGGGUGUUUUGACGGCAGUAUUUUUGUCUUUUUAAAGUUAUUAAACACAAACUGAGAGAGAUUCGGCUUAAUGUAGGCUAACAAACUCAAGCUGUAUUAGUCCCAAAGUAUCGCAGUUCUGCGCUCAAGCCAGAAAUGUUGAUAUGACAGGCCAAUGUGGUGUAAGUAUGAAUAUACACUGUGUUUGUGUAUUAAACGCCUGGUUUUUCCCCUCUAAUCACUAGAUUUUAGCCAGUCAAAAGCCCUUGCCUGCUGGCCAGGCUAAACGUUCUGCUGAACAUAAGGAAAUAUUUUAAGAAAGGGGUUAAAAAGUGUUAAUUUAAGCUUACUGCUGUUUUUAUUUUCUUGCCAUUAAACUUCUACAUGCCUCUCGAGUACAUUAGUGAUUAAUGCCUCAUGAUUCAUUUAUCGAUCAGUUCCCUCUGACCUCUUGGGAUCUUAUUCAUACGUCCGAGAGAUUUUUAUUAUCCGUCAGCAUAUUCCCACAGCUGCUGACGCGGACAUUCUGCGUGCUGUUGUGUUAUGGAGCUAAACGGAGAACUGAAAUGCCUUAACCAAUAGAGGGCGGUGUGUCCGCUCUCGUUUCCUUUCUCCCUCCUGAAUCGCCACGAAACUUCUUUUGUCGGAUAAUUGACUAAUGAGAAAUCUGAUGCUCACGUUCUUUAACUAGCCUUAACUAUUCCCCAAAUCCUGCAGGGUUUUUCAGUUCCCUUUUAUCACCAAAUCUUCCUUCAGGGAAACAUAGAAUUCAAGUUGAAUUAUAACUAGCACAAUUAAAGCUAGUCGGAAGUAUUCUCGCUCAUUUGACUCAUAUUGACUGGUAUAAGAAAUGCACCAAAGAAGAAUCCAAAUCAUCCCGUUAAUUCAAAUUAAACAUAAGUCUGCACCAUGCAUUGGACGCUAUAUUUAAAAAUGUUCACAAUUUAUAUUGAUUGUUCUGCUGACACAUUUAAAAUGCAUGAAAAAGUCAAAUCCAGGUUUUGUUAGAAUUACACUGGGCUUAUAUCUCUCACAGCCUCGUUUUCAUUCAUGAAAAAUUAAACAUGGCGUCUACCAACAUCGAGGUCCGUGGUUUGCAAGAGGCACCAUAAUUUCUUGUAAAAUUUUGUGUACAAAAAAGGGGCAAAAUACCACAAAUACUGUAAAUAUCUGUAAUGUAAAAAAAAAAUAGCAAAAGCAUUAAUUAUGGAUUUUUUUGUGUGUGGGUGUGCUUUGAUUUAAAGCUUUUUAUAACUAGCUUUAUUUAUCGGCAUUCUCUGUGUUGGAGACGUGAAAAAUGUAAAAUGUAAAAGAAAGUAAUAAAUAACUAUUGUACAUCA